AUCAAGAUAGCGAGACCGAGUCUCUCCAUUCUCUCUCCUCCUCUUAUCAGCAGCUUUUCAAACCCUAGAAUUUCUCAAACUCGGAGCUUCUGCAAUCCUCAAGAACUUAUAAAUUCUUGAGGAAUUUGAGGUUGUGGACACUCCGUGGCUUGAUUUUUUCUUCUUUUUUUUCUAUGGUGUAUUUGCGUUUGAAGAUCGGUGUUUGAAGAUCGGUGUUCGAAGAUCGAGAUUACUGACGCGUUUCCGAUUUGAGGAGCAGCUAUGACUUCUUUGAGCCGAGAAUUAGUAUUUCUGAUACUCCAAUUUUUGGAGGAGGAGAAGCUGAAGGAGUCGGUGCACAAGCUCGAGAAAGAAUCUGGGUUUUUCUUCAAUAUGAAGUACUUUGAGGAAAAAGUACAGGCUGGUGAAUGGGAAGAAGUUGAGAAGUACUUAACAGGGUUUACCAAAGUUGAUGAUAACAGAUACUCCAUGAAAAUAUUCUUUGAAAUCAGGAAGCAGAAAUAUCUAGAAGCACUUGAUAGGCAAGACAAGGCAAAGGCUGUUGAGAUAUUAGUGGGUGAUUUAAAAGUUUUCUCCACCUUCAAUGAGGAACUAUACAAAGAAAUCACCCAGCUGUUAACUCUUAGUAAUUUCAGGGAGAAUGAGCAGCUGUCCAAGUACGGUGACACCAAAAAUGCUAGAGGAAUUAUGUUGAUAGAGCUAAAAAAGCUCAUAGAGGCAAAUCCUCUUUUCCGUGACAAACUUAUCUUCCCUACCCUUAGGUCAUCAAGAUUGCGGACAUUGAUCAAUCAAAGUUUAAAUUGGCAACACCAGCUUUGCAAAAACCCUAGGCCAAAUCCGGAUAUAAAGACUUUAUUCACUGACCACACAUGUACACCUCCUAAUGGUCCUCUAGCACCUACACCUGUCAAUCUUCCUGUUGCUGCGGUUGCAAAGCCUGCUGCUUAUACUUCAAUUGGUGCUCAUGGUCCCUUUCUGCCUGCCACAGCAACUGCUAAUGCUAAUGCUUUGGCUGGUUGGAUGGCCAAUGCCUCAGCUUCAUCAUCUGUCCAAGCAGCUGUUGUCACAGCAUCUGCCAUACCUGUCCCACAGAAUCCAGUGUCUAUCUUGAAGUGUCCAAGAACACCUCUGACAACUGCAGGCAUGGCGGAUUAUCAGAAUGCUGAUCAUGAGCAGUUAAUGAAAAGACUCCGGCCUGCUCCUUCUGUAGAGGAGGUUUCAUGUCCUGCUGCUCGACCAGCCUCUUGGUCGCUGGAUGAUCUACCAAGAACAGUGGCUAUGACAUUGCAUCAAGGAUCCUCUGUGACAAGCAUGGACUUUCAUCCUUCUCACCAAACCUUACUUCUCGUUGGUUCUAAUAAUGGUGAAAUUACACUUUGGGAGCUUGGGUUGCGAGACAGGUUGGUCUCAAAGCCAUUCAAGAUAUGGGAUAUCUCAGCAUGCUCAUUACCAUUUCAGGCAGCUAUGGUCAAAGAUGCACCUAUUUCUGUCAGCCGUGUCACAUGGAGCCUUGAUGGAAAUUUUGUGGGUGUUGCAUUUACUAAACAUUUGAUUCACUUGUAUGCCUACACUGGAUCAAAUGAGUUGGCUCAGCGUAUAGAGGUUGAUGCCCAUAUUGGUGGAGUUAAUGACUUGGCAUUUGCUCAUCCGAAUAAACAACUCUGUAUUGUGACUUGUGGAGAUGAUAAGUUGAUAAAGGUCUGGGAUUUAACUGGACGGAAACUAUUUAACUUUGAGGGGCAUGAGGCACCUGUAUAUUCUAUCUGUCCUCAUCACAAAGAGAGCAUUCAGUUUGUAUUUUCAACUGCCAUUGAUGGCAAAAUAAAAGCCUGGUUAUAUGAUAAUAUGGGUUCUAGGGUUGAUUAUGAUGCCCCAGGUCAUUGGUGUACUACAAUGCUUUACAGUGCUGAUGGAAGUAGACUGUUUUCUUGCGGAACUAGUAAAGAUGGAGAAUCAUUUCUUGUUGAAUGGAAUGAAAGUGAAAGAGCUAUUAAGAGAACAUACAAUGGGUUCAGAAAGAAAUCCGCUGGUGUCGUGCAGUUUGACACAACCCAAAAUUGCUUUUUGGCUGCUGGUGAAGAUGGCCAAAUCAAAUUUUGGGACAUGGACAAUAUUAAUCUUUUGACAAGCACUGACGCAGAGGGUGGACUACAGGCCCUUCCGCACUUGAGAUUCAACAAGGAAGGAAAUGUGCUUGCUGUUACUACUGCAGACAAUGGAUUCAAAAUUCUUGCUAAUGCCAAUGGUCUUAGAUCCUUGAGAACAGUUGAAACUCCAGGAUUUGAAGCAUUGAGGUCACCAAUUGAAUCUGCUGCAGUCAAGGCAUCUGGCUCUUCUGCUGUUAAUGUUAGUCCUGUCAACUGUAAAGUAGAAAGGAGCUCACCAGUCAGGCCUUCUCCAAUUCUUAAUGGAGUUGAUCCCAUGGGUCGAAAUGUGGAGAAACCUAGAACUGUGGAAGAUGGAAUAGAUAAAGCUAAACCAUGGCAGCUGUCUGAAAUUGUGGAUGCUGUCCAAUGUCGGUUAGUUACAACGCCUGACAGUACAGAUUCUUCCAGCAAGGUUGUUCGACUUUUAUAUACAAACUCUGGUGCUGGUCUUUUGGCACUUGGUUCAAAUGGUGUUCAGAAGCUGUGGAAGUGGGCUCGUUGUGAACAAAAUCCCAAUGGGAAGGCAACUGCUAGUGUUGUUCCACAGCAUUGGCAGCCCAACAGUGGUCUUCUUAUGACUAAUGAUGUCACGGGUGUCAACCUUGAUGAAGCUGUUCCUUGCAUUGCACUCUCAAAGAACGACUCAUAUGUUAUGUCUGCAUGUGGCGGAAAGAUUUCUUUGUUUAACAUGAUGACAUUCAAGGUAAUGACAACAUUCAUGCCACCACCCCCUGCCUCUACCUUUCUGGCUUUCCACCCUCAAGAUAACAACAUCAUAGCCAUUGGGAUGGAGGAUUCAACAAUUCACAUAUAUAAUGUUAGAGUGGAUGAGGUGAAAUCUAAAUUGAAGGGUCAUCAAAAGCGAAUUACUGGUUUAGCCUUUUCAACCUGUCUUAACAUCCUGGUUUCAUCUGGUGCUGAUGCUCAACUUUGUGUAUGGAGCAUUGAUACAUGGGAGAAAAGAAAAUCAGUUCCCAUACAACUACCCGCAGGAAAGGCUCCUGUUGGUGACACUCGUGUGCAGUUCCAUUUAGACCAAAUCCGGUUACUGGUAGCCCAUGAGACUCAGUUGGCAAUAUAUGAUGCCUCUAAGAUGGAUCGCAUUAGGCAGUGGGUUCCACAAGAUGUUCUGGCUGCUCCCAUAUCAUAUGCAGCUUAUUCCUGCAACAGUCAGUUAAUUUAUGCUACAUUUUCUGAUGGCAACACUGGGGUUUUUGAUGCCGACAGCUUGAGACUAAGAUGCCGUAUUGCACUAUCCACAUACUUUUCACCUGCAGCAGCUUUAAGUGGGAACCAGUCUGUUUAUCCUGUUGUCGUUGCGGCUCAUCCACUCGAGCCCAACCAAUUUGCCGUUGGAUUGACAGAUGGGUCCGUGAAAGUGAUAGAGCCUAGUGAAUCAGAAGGUAAGUGGGGAACCAGUCCACCUAUGGAUAAUGGAAUAUUGAACGGUAGGGCAGCAUCAUCAUCUACAACAAGCAACCACACACCCGACCUGGCAAAAAGAUAAGAACAUUCAUUGUACCAUACCAGCAUAUUCUUUCCAUCUGUAAUUUGAUCACCUUAGAUUUUUAGAUUUUGAUUUCCCCCCAUUUGUCCCAAAUCAAGGUCUUGUCAGCGUCAGCUCGGACAUAAAAAUGGCAAAUAUAAGCUCUUGUCUUGUAUACCUAAAUUUGUUCUAGUCAACUCGAUUACAUUAUUUAUACUGCACUGCAGUGUACCUCUUACUUGCCAACAAUGUGAAUCUGUCCACUCUCCUGACAUUUGUUGUAUGAAAUCCGUUAGUGAUAGAGCGAUUAUAUAUGAUGAAAUAAUAUGACCUGACUUUUCAGAGAA